UUGGGACUUAGGUCUUGGGACUGGGAAGAUUGAGAACUAUUUCUCUCUCUUUGGGGGCUUCGGCUCAUCUGGGGGCUUCGGCCUUGUUACUGUAAUCGAUUUUCUUCAUCAAUACAAAUUUCAGUUGUUUCUUGUUAAUUUCCUGUUAAUUGUUCUGGAUAAUUGGAAGAUCUUAUCAUUGGUAUCAGAGCACGUUGAUCGCUGGAUGAGAAAUACGCGUGCUAAGAUGGAAGGCCGUAUAACAGAAGUGGAAAGAAACAUGGAUGACAUAGCAAGAAACCAAAGAGAAGCCGCGGGAAGGCAGGAUACUUUGGAGACGAUGAUGAUCGCUAUGCAGACCACCCUCGCAGACAUUCAGAAUCGACUUCCAGGUCGUUCGAGAAGUAGAUCACAUGUUUCCUCGACAUCGCAUCGCACUAAUCAUCGACAUCGAUCACGAAAUUCAACGAAGAAUGAUGAAUCCGACGGAAGUUCUGAUCAUUCUUCUCAUCGCAGGCAUCGACAUCACCAAGAACAUAACACACACCAUCGAACGGGAAGGAAGAUCGAUUUACCACUAUUCAAUGGAGAUGACGCAUACGGAUGGUUGGUGAGGAUCGAUAGAUAUUUCCGUCUGAACCAGAUCGAGGAAGAAGAGAAAGUGAACGUAGCAGUGGUCGCCAUGGAAGAUAGAGCACUGAGUUGGUUUCAGUGGUGGGAGAACCAGACGCGCGAGAGAAACUGGGACACUAUGAUGGAAGCCUUAACUCGCAGAUUCCAACCAGAGCUAGUACACAAUCCCUUGGGGCCUUUAUUAGGUUUGAAACAAAAAGGAACUGUGAAAGAAUUCCGUGAACAGUUUGAAAUGGCAAUAGCAUCACAAGGUGAUCUGAGUACGAAGGUAACUAAAGGCAUCUUCUUAAAUGGAUUGAAGAAGGAUAUAAGAGCUGAGUUAAAACUCUAUCAUUCUAGAGACUUGGCUGAAAUCAUGGAUACAGCUUUAUUGAUAGAGAAUAAAAAUAAUGAAGUGAUGGCUAGGAGGAAUAAGGAGGAAGGGAAGAAGUUAUGGAAGAGUAACACGUCUGGAGAACAGGCCUACAACAAAUGGGGAGAUGGUAGCAGAAAAAGUUAUAGCCUGACAUCUACAAAUCCAUCUGUGAAGCACUCAGUUGACAAUGAGAAGCAGGAGGAAGGGUCAAGUUCUGUAUCAAACAAGUUAGGCCCCAAGCUUACUCAGACUGAAUUGUUGGAGAGGAGUAAAAAAGGACUCUGUUUCAAAUGUGGUGACAGAUGGGGUAGAGGUCACAUUUGCAGUAUGAAAAAUUUUAAAAUGAUGCUUGUAGAACAAUCUGAAGGGGAGGAGGAAUCUGAUGUUGACUAUAUUAAAGAUAAAGAAGAAGAAGAAGAAGAAGAAGAAGAAGAAGAAGAAGAAGAAGAAGAAGAAGAAGAAGAAGAAGAAGAAGAAGAAGGAAUACAUAUGGAAGCUAAGACUAUGCAAUUAUCUGUAUUGAGCCAGGAAGAAAUACCAUUCAUGAGAACUUUCAAAGUCCUGGGAAAUCUGAAAUGGCUGAAGGAGGAAAAGAAGGUGAAUAUUUUGAUUGAUUGUGGAGCUACCCACAACUUCAUAUCACAGAAGAUUGUGGAUAAAUGGAAGAUACCAUUUAGUUGCAUCAAGGAUUAUGAAGUGCAGAUAGGGAAUGGAGAAAUUCUUUCCAACAAGGGCAGAUGUGAAGGAGUAACUUUGAAUUUACAAGGAAUUGACAUUAUGCAGAAAUUCUACAUUCUGGACUUGGUUGGAACUGAGGUGAUGCUGGGAAUAGAAUGGUUAACUGGCCUAGGAGAUAUGGUAGUUAAUUUUCAAAAUCAGACCAUCGAAUGGAAGGUACAUGGGCAGAAGGUUUGUAUACAAGGAGAUCAUCAACUGGGAAUUGAUAUUGAAGAAGAAAGUGUCUUCGGUGUUGCAGCUGGCUGUGACUUCACCUCCACAGAAUCUGAAGGAACCAAAUUGCUGAAAAAAAUGUCUUGGCUGCUGUGUAAUUCCGCUGUGAAAUACAUAGGGAAGAAGAUGAAAGCAGCAAAGCUAAAAGUCCAGCAAUCAAUCCAGUAUUGGAAAGGGAGAGGUGCUAGGAUGAAGGAAAAGAAGAAGAUGCUGGCUGUGUCCUAUCACCCACCUUGAGGGCAAGGUGGUUGUUUAGGGGGGGAGUAUUGUUAGGAAUUGGGCCUAAUAGACUUUAAAAAUUUGGGCCUAUUAGACCAAGAAAAAUAAUAAGUGUAAUAGACUAGUAUAAAUAGAAUAAACUAGGAGAAGUCCAGGAGGCUUUUGGGACUUAGGUCUUGGGACUGGGAAGAUUGAGAACUAUUUCUCUCUCUUUGGGGGCUUCGGCUCAUCUGGGGGCUUCGGCCUUGUUACUGUAAUCGAUCUUCUUCAUCAAUACAAAUUUCAGUUGUUUCUUGUUAA